GUAGAGGGGUUGCCCUGGCAACGAACAAAGACAACAUAACAGCAUCCAUCAAAACAGAGCGGUAAUGAGAAGUGCGUGUGUGUGUGUGUGUGUGCGCGUCAUGUGACUUCCUCUCCAGAGACCCUGCAUUCAACAACAUGAUGUCAUUCUGAAGUCCUCCCACACUCACAGCUGCUUCCUGUUCACUGACAUGAGGUCAUUUCCUGUGUCACUCUCACACACACUCUUAUCACUAACUUUAACUUUAACCAGGAAAUGACUAACACUAACUACCAUUCUAUCUUAGUUCUAAACUUAACCUGUUCUGCCUCAUUAGGACCAGGUUUUGGUCUCCAUGAGGAUGACUGGUCAGUGUAACCCUGAAUGUUGUUGUCCAUCAGUCACAUGACAGUGAUGUCACACACACACAAACUGAAUUAUUCAAAUGAUGUCAUCUGAGGUCACAUGGAUCCUGCCACACAGACCCCCCCCCUCCCCCUCUCUCCCCCUCCCUCUCUUGUUUUAUUGCCCACUGUUAGUCACUCUGAGACUGAGUGUCGUCAUGGCGAUGGAAUAAACACAUGACAACAAGUCCUCUGCACUUCAGAGCUCAGUUGAGCUGCUGCAGAGAGAGACAGAGGACAGACAGACAGAUCAUGGCGCAGAGCUCGGACCUAGACCUGGACCUGGUCCUCGCAGCUUUUAAGAAGUUUGCUGUUCAUGGAGACACGAAGGCGACUGGGGAGGAGCUGAAUGGGAAGAACUGGAACAAACUGUGCAAAGACUGUAAGAUCAUCGACAGCAAGAACGUCACCGGCACCGACGUCGACAUCGUCUUCUCUAAAGUCAAACAGAAGACGUCUCGGGUCAUCACAUAUGAGGAGUUUCAAAGAGCUCUGCAGGAGCUCGCGCCAAAGAGGUUUAAAGGUCAAAGUAAAGAGGAAGCACUGGAGUCUAUCUACAAACUGGUGGAAGGGGGCGGGCCCACCAAUAUGGGUGUGACGAAAGUGGCAAAGAAGGGGGCCGUGGACCGUCUCACAGACACAUCCCGCUACACCGGAUCACACAAGGAGCGCUUUGAUGACAGUGGCCGGGGCAAAGGUCGCAAGGGCCGCGAAGAGCUUGUGGAGAACACUGGCUACGUGGGAGCGUAUAAGAACGCCGGGACAUACGAGUCCAAGAUGAAGGGAGAGAAAUAAGGAGGCAGCUGUGUGUGUGUGUGUGUGUGUGUGUGUGUGUGUGUGUGUGUGAUCGAUCAUGUGAUCAACUCUGUCCUCAAACAUGUGUCAGUGACACUGAGUCAUCUCAGAUACUUCUGUGACCUGAGGCCUAAUGCUAAGCUAGCUACUCUCCUGAGGCUGAUGCUAAGCUAACUACUCUCCUGGGGCUAAUGCUAAGCUAAUUACUCUCCUGAAGCUAAUGCUAAGCUAACUACUCUCCUGGGACUAAUGCUAAGCUAACAAUGUUUACAGUAAAGUAAGAUAGUGACUCUUUUUGCUCCGCCCCCUCUGUCUGUCUCUUGUCUUCAGACUGCAGCACUUUUGGAUUCAUGUCAUUUAACAGGAAGUUGUUUGAUGUAAAAACCCAGUUUCUCUGAGGUCAUGUGAUCUGUCCUCACUGACCCACGUGUCUCAGGUGUGUGAUGGUUCUCAGUGACAUUUGGCCACACCUCCUCGGUAGAUCAUGUCAUUCAUGUGUUAUUAGACAAAGUGAACACUAGAGUGCACUGUACACCUUCUGUAAUGACUGGAGCUGUCUGACACAAGGACCAGGACCACAUCUCGAUCUGAAUCCAGACCCCACCUGUCAGUCCUCAUGUUUGAUGACAUCAUCUGUGUGGUUUUUCCUCAUAAUUCUGUAAAUGUGUUCAUGUUAAAACUUUAUUUAAUGAACAGAGUUUGUGAGUAUGUUACAGGUCGGCAAAUUUGUUAGUUACGUUUUGUUUUGGGUGUCAGGUUUUUGACAUUUCCUGUUUUAUUUUGGUGAGGUUUUAGGAUUUCCUGUGGGUCUGCACUUCGUCUACCUUGUCCUUGUCCUGCCUGAUUACCUUGAGUGUUUGCACCUGGUAUCACUCCCUGAUUGUCAGCACCUGGUCCCCUUUCCCUUUCUUUAGUCACUCACCUCCCUUUGUCCUUUGUCAGUGUGUUUUUUUCUCUCCAUGUUCCUCAUUACAUUGCUCAUGCUUAGAGAGUUUAGAAUCAAGUAGAUCUAGUUUAAGUUUCCAUGUUUAGAGUCACGAUCCAUGUUGAUCUAGUUUUUGUUUUCUGGUUAUAGGUUAUUCUUUGCUGUAUUCUCUUGCCUUUGUCAUUCUUUUGUUUUUUCGAAUAGCGUUUAUGCUCUUGCCUUCGGCAUUGUUUUCUGUUCAUUUUUUUUUGAGAGAGCAAUAAAGCCUCAUUUUGAGUUA